UGUGUCUCUGUGUGUGAGAGAGCGAGCGAGCGUGUAUGUUCUCAUUAGGGGACGAUCUAUGAUUUGACAGCCUCACUGCUGCUGCUCCUGCUGCUGCUUCUGCUUCUGCUGCAGCUGUAUGGUCUGUCAUUAGUUGAAAAGGGCUGUGAGGGUUUGGAGAAACUGCAGUUUUAAAAACUGAGCACUGCUAAGUGAUCUCCCUGUCAAAUAGAGUAGACGAGCUCUUCUGCGAGAUUAGAAACUUGGACCUAUUACUACUUCAUCUACCCAGAAAAGCAGGCAGCGCUACACAGGGUAAGGGGGAUGGAACUGCUGCAAUGAAGGUGGGCACUGGAAAGAAGAUGUUUUGAGAAGUCAGUGUUUCCGAGAAACUUUAACCCAAGAAAGAUGGAAAACGAGACAGUCAGUGAACUGAACCAAACACAGCUUCAGCCACGAGCAGUGGUGGCCUUAGAAUACCAGGUGGUCACCAUCUUACUGGUGCUCAUUAUUUGUGGCCUGGGGAUUGUGGGCAACAUCAUGGUAGUCCUCGUUGUCAUGAGAACCAAGCACAUGAGAACACCCACAAACUGCUACCUGGUGAGCCUGGCAGUAGCCGAUCUCAUGGUCUUGGUGGCCGCAGGCCUCCCCAAUAUAACAGACAGUAUCUAUGGUUCCUGGGUCUAUGGCUAUGUUGGAUGCCUCUGCAUUACUUAUCUCCAGUAUUUGGGAAUUAAUGCAUCCUCUUGUUCAAUAACAGCCUUUACCAUUGAGAGGUACAUAGCAAUUUGUCACCCCAUCAAAGCCCAGUUUCUCUGCACGUUUUCCAGAGCCAAAAAGAUUAUCAUCUUUGUCUGGGCGUUCACAUCUAUUUACUGUAUGCUCUGGUUCUUCUUGCUGGAUCUCAAUAUUAGCACCUACAAAGAUGCUAUUGUGAUAUCUUGUGGCUACAAGAUCUCCAGGAAUUACUACUCACCUAUUUACCUAAUGGACUUUGGUGUCUUUUAUGUUGUGCCAAUGAUCCUGGCUACCGUCCUCUAUGGAUUCAUAGCUAGAAUCCUUUUCUUAAAUCCCAUUCCUUCAGAUCCUAAAGAAAACUCUAAGACAUGGAAAAAUGACUCAACCCAUCAGAACACAAAUUUGAAUUUAAAUACCUCUAACAGAUGUUUCAACAGCACGGUAUCUUCAAGGAAGCAGGUUACCAAGAUGCUGGCAGUGGUUGUAAUUCUGUUUGCCCUUCUAUGGAUGCCCUACAGGACUCUUGUGGUUGUCAACUCAUUUCUCUCCACUCCUUUCCAAGAAAAUUGGUUCCUGCUCUUUUGCAGAAUUUGCAUUUAUCUCAACAGUGCCAUCAACCCAGUGAUUUACAACCUCAUGUCCCAGAAAUUCCGUGCAGCCUUCAGAAAGCUCUGCAACUGCAAGCAGAAACUAACAGAGAAACCUGCUAACUACACUGUGGCCCUAAAUUACAGUGUCAUCAAGGAGUCAGACCAUUUCAGCACAGAGCUUGAUGACAUCACUGUCACUGACACUUACCUGUCUGCCACAAAAGUAUCUUUUGAUGACACCUGCUUGGCUUCGGAGGUAUCCUUUAGCCAAAGUUGAUUCAUGAAUUAGGGGAAAACAAACCACAGAGAAAAUGAGAAUCUGUGCAGUAAUCAACAAAAGGGAGAAUAUGGCCAAUACUUGUAUGUGAAGACAGAGCAGAUCAGUCUUUGUCAAUGUUCUAACAAGUCCUGACCCUAGAAACUUUAAGAAGGAUGAUUCAGACUUUCCUUCUUUCAAACUAGUAUCACAAAAAAAUGAAGUCGAUCUGUGAAAUAGCUAAAUGAUUAAAAAGUGAAAGUUUAGCCCUUUUCGUUUAACUUAAGAAAUUUAUUAUAUUUUCUGGGCUUAUAGAGUUUCAGUGAAAUCUAGAUUGCAAUUUACCUUAUUCAUAAUAACCUUAUCAAAUGUCACUUUUCAACCCCCUAAGUUAUUUAUACGUUCAAUAAUUUGACAACAUGCAGAUUUUUAAAUGUUUGCAGUUAGUAUUUCCUUUUAACAUAGUACAGUGCUAGCUCGUGUAUAUCUGAAAUUAAAAGGAAAAAUAUUAUAGAAAACAUUUUAUAUAUUGAGUAAAAAUAAGAUUUUAGACAUACAUGUUCACUGUAUUUUAAAAACUGUCAUAAUGUUUAUAAAAUUCUGAGAUGAUUUUUUUAUCUUAGAAGGCAGAUAACCAUCACUUAACUUUAACGUAAAAUAAACCUCAAAGUAUCCAAAAUUCUUAAUUAAGAAGAAAUGUAGAUUUUAAGAUAAAUCCAACUCUUAUCAACUCUUCCAGCCUCCUACAUGAUAGACGGAACAAGGUAAAAACCCGGAUUAAAUAACUGUGAAGAUACAAACUAACAUAUGAUUAAUUUUGAAAAGUACAGCCAAGACAAAAGCAAGUAUUUAUAAUAACGUUUUGCUUCUUCUUUGAAGUUUUUAAGCAAGAAAAUCUUUUUGGACGUUUUUGUUUAUAAACUAUUGAGCCAUCCUUCAAGCAAAAUCUAGCUUAAAAGUCUGAAACAUUUGUAAAAGCUUCAUUGUUACUCUAAAUCAGCCAAAAUCCUGGUAUCCCCAUUCCAGAUGAAGACUUCCCACUGAGAAUUGUAGUCUAUGGAUUUUUACCUUGGUUGCAAUGGUCUUUUCUUCCUAACUGCUUGUCAUUUGUAGGUUCUUUUUUUUUUGUUUUUUUCUCAAAUGUUAUUGAUAUUUUGUUUACAGAUUCUCAAUCAAAGCAAUGCAAAAUUCUGUUGGCUUUAUUUUCAGUAGAGUUAAAACUGAUUUCAUCAUAUUAUCAGUUUCUCACUUUUAUAUUUAUGACUGAGAUCUGCUAAUGCAGUGAUUAUUAGAGAUUUGUGAAUGAAUCUGUCCAGGGCAUUUAUCAUUUCCUACCUGAAUCUCUUACCUACUGAGAUUUGGCCAACCAGAAUCUUCAAGGGUGUAAAUUGCCCUUGGUAAUGGUUUGGUAGUCACUGAUUUUUAAUGACUGGAUGAUCAAAAAGUACCCAUACGUUUACAUGCCCCAUAGCCUGGCAUUUUCCCUCUCCAGUCUAUAUCCCUAUUUUAUGGACUUUUCUAGAACCUAGUUGCUAAUGAUAAUUAGGACUACCCACCUUCUUAAUGAAGAAUAUGCCAUUCUACUUUCAAAACUUGUUUUUAAAUGCUGUUUCAUGGAGACUCUACUAUCCAGAACCUCAUUCUAGAAUAUGCUUUUUUGAAAAUUGUCUUCAUCUACUCCACCAAGACAUUUUUAUCCUGUUGCUAUAGUAGUAAACAAAUGAAAGCCAAUAUUUGCAGAAAAUACCCUAAAAUUCUACCUGCAUGACAGUAAGCAAUCUACGUCAACUGACUUUUCAUUCCGGUAUAAAUAUUAAUCUUGGCAUUGUAUAGAGCAUCAGAGUGACCCAACCCCAAAUCACACAAGCAUAUGUGUGUUUAUAAACACAUACCCACAUGUUCAUAAACUAGAGAAAAAGGGAUUGGAAUAUAUGAGAUUUUUUUCAUUACAGAAAGAAACUAAUAUGAUUGAGCACCUACUAUGUCCCAGGUAUGCGGGUAGAGUCAAUCAACAUUAUCUUCAUCACAAUUUCACUACAGCUGUGAUUUCUCUGAUGGUAAGACCAGUUUUCCUGUAACCUAAUUCCUAACUGAUAAAAAUUUAUGGAUUUUGCAGAAUGAUUA